AUGCAGAAUGGCCCCCCUCAACACGAGUCCCCCACGGGCGAUCAGCAGGAUGGUAAAGCGUCUCUCUGGAAUCAUUUCACUAGCCAAUUUCAUAUGAGACCGCCGGAGGAUGAUGAACCUCAAUCCUGGUGGAUUGCGUCUACGGCUAUUCCGCUGGUUGCUGCUGCGGCGGGGCCGCUGGCUAACGUGAUGUCAAUUGUUGCGCUGGUGAUGCCAUGGAGGAGCCAUAUCACAUCUAGAACAACUAGUCCAGCUGGAAAUUGGUAUCAAGAGGGCUAUGCUGAUCCCCACUGGAUCACGGCUCUAAACGCAGUCUCGCUUUUUUGUGGUGUUGUUGGCAACAUUUUCCUGCUGCUGAACUUCACUCAAACUGUGCGUUACAUCAUUGCUUUGCCAGUGACGAUCGUUCUGUGGUUCAUUGCUCCUGGACUUUUCGAGCUAACGAUGCCACAGCUGGCUGGGCUGACCGCAUCUCUUUCUAUCUACAGUCCCCCCAAUGGCACCAGUGACGUAUACUCUCAGGCCUUCUGGAGUGCUGUUAUUGCGGCAAUCCUCUAUUUUAUACUGAGUAUUCUUCUCAUGAUAAAUAUGCUGGGAUAUUUCCUUGGGAGAUAUCCACAGCAUUUCGCACUCACUGACGACCAACGUACUCUUAUCUUACAAAUGACUGUGUUUGUAGUUUGGCUGCUUAUAGGCGCCGCUUUCUUCCAGAAGGUACUUGACAUCUCAUUUGCAGAUGCCUUGUAUUUCUGUGAUAUCACUGUCUUGACUUUGGGCUUUGGUGAUGUGACAGCCCAAACGUCCCUUGGCAGAGGUCUUGUUUGGCCGUAUGCCGUGAUUGGAAUCAUCAUGCUUGGUCUUGUUGUUGGAAGUAUUCAUCAAUUUGCCCGAGAGGUCCACUACGACAAUGUCGUCCGAAAGCACAUCGAACAGAGGCGGCAGCAUACUUUCGAUCGGUCCGUCACCUUUGACGAGUUUGCCUCAAGCAAUGCCGAGAAGGUACUCCCUGCAGCACUAGACCGCCAAAAGACCCAACUCAAUUAUCGCCCUCGGCAUAAGAAACACCAGCCGAUCCGGAACACCAUUCAUGCACUGGCCGCAGACAGACGGCCCAAGCUGCUUAUUAUGAGAGAAGAAAAGGAUCGAUUUGAUGCCAUGCGUGGAAUACAAUAUGAAACCAUGCGCUUUCGUCGUUGGAACGAUUUAAUUAUCAGCAUAAUCGUCUUUGGAAUCGUAUGGAGCUGCGGAGCCGUUGUAUUCUGGACAUUGGAGGACUGGACUUAUUUUGAGGCCCUAUACUUUUGCUUCUGCUCACUCAUUACCAUUGGGUACGGUGAUUUCACUCCCUCGUCGAAUGCUGGACGGCCAUUUUUCGUGAUGUGGUCUCUCAUAGCCAUCCCAACCAUGACCAUGCUCAUCUCUCAGAUGAGUGACACGGUUGUUUCUGGUUUCAAGCAUGGCACGGAGAAGUUUGCUGAAUAUUUCAUCAUGCCCGAGAGUGGAACAUACCGGAAUUGUUUCGCUCAUAUACCAUUUAUUCGGGGAAUUCUAGAUAGACGCCAAGAGAAAAAACGGCUGAAGCGUGGAUUCGAAGUCGGUGCUGUUGCAGAGGACACGGCCGAUCCUGAGAACCUGGAGCCUGAGGCUACGAAGGAGAUGUCACGCGCCCCAUCUCGACGUACUAGCACGGCCCCAGCCUAUCCUACGCGGACCAUCGAGGAACUUGCACGCGAGACCCAACCAUCACCGUUUGAAAUGGCCCAACAACUAGCAUUUGCCAUUCGUCGCACUACUCAAGAUGUGUGCGAUGGAAAGCGCAAACGGUACAAUUACGAAGAGUGGGUGGAGUUCACUCGUCUCAUCCAGUUUACCAAUCCCCGGUCCCAACUCUCUUCGGUCGAGGGGUCAUCAAGCCGGGAUCCCAGUAAGGAAGAUACACUCAUUCUCGACGAAGAUGAGUUCGGUCUCCUAAACUGGGACUGGAUUGGUGAGAACAGCCCCAUGUUGGCGCACCAAACUGAACCAGAAUGGGUUUUAGACCGACUUUGUGAGAGUCUGGUGCGGUAUGUGUCAACUCAGGAGCAAGCCCGUGCCAGGGAACGAGGUCAUACGGAUGAUAUGGCAGAGGCAGCAACAUUGAGGAAGGAGAGAGAUAUAGGUAUCGAGGACCCGUAA